AACAAUUCAUUCAUCUAAAAAACCAAACAUCUUUCUCUCCCUCAAACAUUCUUUCUUAUUCUCCUUUUUACACUUGUUCAUAUUCCUUCUCAACCACCUCAAAAAACACAACAAAAAUGAAGCUCUUGUCUACAAAAGCAACUUGUAAUAGUCAUGGCCAAGACUCCUCAUACUUCUUAGGAUGGGAAGAAUACGAGAAAAAUCCAUAUGAUAAUGUUCACAAUCCUAAAGGAAUUAUUCAAAUGGGUUUAGCUGAGAAUCAACUCUCUUUUGAUCUCUUGGAAUCAUGGCUAGCUAAGAAUCCAGAUGCAUCUGGAUUCAAAAGAGAUGGAAAAUCCAUAUUCCGUGAACUUGCUCUCUUCCAAGACUACCAUGGCAUGCCUGCAUUCAAACAAGCAUUGGUAGAUUUCAUGGCUGAAAUUAGAGGAAACAAAGUUACUUUUGAUCCCAACCACAUAGUUCUCACCGCAGGUUCUACUUCAGCAAAUGAAACUCUUAUGUUUUGUCUUGCUGAAAAAGGAGAAGCAUUCCUCCUUCCUACUCCUUAUUAUCCAGGAUUUGAUAGAGAUCUUAAGUGGAGAACUGGUGUUGAGAUUGUUCCAAUACAUUGCACAAGCUCCAACAACUUUCAAGUAACCGAACAAGCAUUGCAACAAGCAUACCAAGAGGCACAAAAACGCAACCUUAAAGUCAAAGGAGUAAUGGUUACAAACCCAUCAAACCCGCUAGGCACCACAAUGUCAAGGAGUGAAUUAAACCUUCUCGUUGACUUUAUCAAAGAAAACAAAGACAUGCAUUUGAUAAGCGACGAGAUUUACUCCGGCACUGUUUUUUCCUCUCCAAAUUUCAUCAGCGUCAUGGAAAUUCUUAAAGACAGAAAUGACUUUAACAACUCCAAAGACGCUGAUAAUAUUUUUGAGAGAGUUCAUGUUGUCUAUAGUCUUUCCAAAGACUUGGGUUUGCCAGGUUUCCGCGUUGGCGCCAUCUACUCUGAAAAUGAUACGGUUGUUGCUGCUGCCACGAAGAUGUCAAGCUUCGGCUUAAUCUCGUCGCAAACACAAUACCUUCUUUCCGCCAUGCUUGGUGACAAAAAAUUCACCAAAAACUACCUAGCUGAAAACUUAAAGAGACUUAAGAAACGUCAGAACAAGCUUGUUUCGGGGUUACAAAAAGCCGGAAUAAGCUGCUUGGAAAGCAAUGCAGGAUUAUUUUGUUGGGUUGAUAUGAGGCAUCUUCUCCAUUCCAACACAUUUGAAGCUGAAAUGGAACUAUGGAAGAAAAUAGUGUACCAAGUUGGUUUAAACAUUUCACCUGGUUCAUCUUGUCAUUGUACAGAACCAGGUUGGUUUCGUGUGUGUUUCGCAAACAUGUCAGAAGAGACUUUGAAACUAGCAAUGAAAAGGUUGAAAGCUUUCGUUGUUGAGUCCACUGGCAAUGUUAAUGGUGUUACAACAAAAAGCACAAAGAGAAAUUUACUCACUAAGUGGGUUUUUCGGUUAUCGUCUCGUGAUCAACGUGAUCAACAAGAGGAACGGUAACUUGGUGGUGAUUGGUGAUGAUCGUAGUGUGUGUGUGUGUGAAGUGCUGAAGUUUGAAGAAACUAGCCAUGCACAAUAUUACACUUUUAUUUUUAUUUUUUUCUUUUUGCACUCCCCAGUUAUUUCUUGGAGGAGUAGUUCAAAAAAUGUUAUUUACUAUAUAUUUUUUUCGUGAUUAAAUUGUAGAGAGAGAGAGAGAGAGAAAGCACUCUGCCCAUGUGGAUGUGAAGUGUGAGAAUAUUUAGUUAGUCUGGUCUGUAUGAGUUUGAUUUAAUUAGCAUGAAAAUUAUAUCCUUAUAUAUUUAUUAAUCAAUAAAAAGUUUGAUUUAUUUAUGAUA